AUGUAGUGUGUACUGUGGGAGACCGGAUAUAGUGAAUGCAGGGUCCGGGGAGAGCGGAUAUAGUGAAUGCAGGGUCUGGGGAGACCAGAUAUAGUGAAUGCAGGGUCCGGGGAGACCGGAUAUAGUGAAUGCAGGGUCCGGGGAGACCAGAUAUAGUGAAUGCAGGGUCCGGGGAGACCGGAUAUAGUGAAUGCAGGGGUCCGGGGAGAGCGGAUAUAGCGAAUGCAGGGUCCGGGGAGAGCGGAUAUAGUGAAUGCAGGGUCCGGGGAGAGCGGAUAUAGCGAAUGCAGGGUCCGGGGAGA